UGCAACCGGAGUCCGGGCGGAGAAAGGCGAUAAAACCCCGGAGCAACAAAAGAAUAUCUCUAAAACAAGUAAAAAUAACUCCGCGGGGUGAGCAGUCGACGCUGCGUGAGGAUUAUUUUACAGAAACUCCGAGUGAAGAGGUGUUAUUGUUGUUAUCAGACAGUCGUCAGCGUCACGCUCUGUCAGGUUUCCCACCUGUGAGACGGUGGAUGUCAGGAGCCGGGGAUUUUAAUCUCACAGACACACAGAUGACAGCUGUUCCAACCUGGAAAAUAUUAGAUGUCAGAAGUAAAAUACGCUAAAAGUCACGGCUGUCGGGUUCUGUGGCGGGUUUACCUUGCACUGUUUCAAUGUUUGCUGCACCUUUCGAUUUAGCGCCGCGCUGACGCUCAAGACCGUCCACGUCGCCGGAGCUCUUUAUUCCCAAACCCCACCGUCUUAAAGCCUCCACUUCAUGUCGGAUUUAAUCAGCCCGAGUGUGAGCUCAUAGCAGUGUGCAGAAGCUCUAUUCCACACUUCACCGGCUUAUUCAUUUUCUCUUUAUCCUCAUUAUUUAUUCAUGUGCACACAGCAGGACAUAAGUCACUCACUUUCCAUAUUAAUGCAAACAUCUGUCGCUCAAAGCUGCUGCACCUGCCUGUAACCUUCACACCCACUGCUUGAAGAAUAUUUAGACUUUAUUACAGUUUGAUGUCCGCAGUCAGCACUCUUUGGUGGAGCCUUGGUGCCUUUGAUUUAGAGUUGAACGCCACAAUGGGUCACAGCCUCCUGUAGCUCAGGGCCCGUCGCAGACAGGGUGGGGGGCAUUUAGAGGGUAGCGGUGGCAGACAAUCAAACCCUUCAGUCAUGCUGUCCGGGGUGCAGCCGUGUUUCCAGCUGCUUCGGAUCGGUUCCUCUGCCGGAGACUCGGCCCGGGACCUGUACACGUUCAGGCCGGCGCUGAACCUCUCCGUGUUUCGCCUGGGCCGGGCGGCGGAGCUGUGCGACGUCACUCUGGACUCCUCGUCGGUGUCCCGGAUCCACGCCGAGCUGCAAGCGGAGAGGGAGGCGAGUGAAGGCGCCGCAACGUCGCAUGAGGAGGGCUGGACGGUUCACAUCAAGGACAGGAGCAGUCAUGGCACCUGGGUGAACGAGGUCCGCCUCCAGCCCGGCAUCCAAUGGGAGCUCUCCGACAACGACACGCUGACGUUCGGUGGUCAGUCGACUUCCGGCAGCCCCGAGUUCUACUUCCUCUUCCAGAAAGUGAAAGUUCGGCCGCUAGAUUUCGAUGCCAUCACAAUUCCAAAGGCGGGCACGUUCUCUUCGGAUUUACAAAACCGCAUCAGAACCAGUCUGGACCGCAAGGUGGACGCUAACCUGGACAUGUCCAAGCUGUCCAUCAACCGGUCCACCGUCAUCCUCAACUCCAUCGGCAGUUUGAGUAAGAUGAAGGGCAGCGCCUGGACCUUUAAGAGGAGCCUCAGCCACGACGGCGCCGCCUCAGACCCCGGCUCCUCCUCGCCACCUCUGGCUGUGGGCAUCUCGUCUCUGCUCCCCCCCUCCACGCCUCCAUCCUUCUCCUCCGCGGCCUCGGUGCCUUCCACAAAGACUCUCCAGCCGACGUCCAGGAGCAGGAGGAAGUCAGCGCACACGGUGCUGCUGGAGGACGACAGCUCCGACGAGCCCAGGAGUCGAGGAGCUCUGACAGGCGUCGUGGAGGACGGACAGAGGGCGCGAGCGAAGAAGAGGCGGCGACUCUACAAGUCAGACUCUGAGAGUUUCAGCUCCCCUCCUCCUCUGCAGCCGAAGAGCCACAAUGACGUCCGGCGCCCUCUGGAGGCUAAGCCCUUCCCCGUCGGCAUCAGGACAAUCGGAAGUUUCCACGGCGCCAUGACCAACAGUCGACUCAACCACCACCUCCUGCAGGCGUCGUUCACAAACCCGGCUGUUCACAAACAGGAGGUGCAGACGGUGCACCGGGUCCAGACGGUGAUGCACGGCAACAUCGCCGCUUUCCGCCAGCAGAAACCCGCCCACUGUUCUUCUACAGCGCAGAGAGGCAGGCGCAGGGCUCACAGCUCGCCCGUUUUCUCCCCCCUGGUGGUCGGAGGGGAGAACUACAGCCUGGCCUCCCCGUCUGUGAGGAUCCGGACAGAGGACAGGGGCAGGGUGACGUUCAACAGAUAUCACCACCCAGCAAGCAAGCGACGAGGACGUCCCAGGAAACACCCUCUCCCUCCCCGGCCCUCCCUGCCCUCUCCAUCCUCCUCAUCUUCGUCCUCCACCUCAUCUGCCUCCUCCUCCUCAGGCUCCUCCUCUUCCUCCUCCUCCUCCGACGAGGAUGAAGAGGAAGACGAGGAGGGGGUAACGGGCGGGGCGGUGGAGCCGUGCGCGGCCCCCCGGUGCCGUCUGCCCCAGCAGGACACGGUGCAGUGGAUCCAGUGCGACGUGUGCGACGCCUGGUACCACAUAGACUGUCUGCACGUGGACCGCAAGAAGCUGCUGAAGGACCCCAACGCAGACUUCCACUGCGGCUGUUGCUGAUUUGACAGGGAGCCAAUGAAAUGCUCCGGUUUAGACUCCUCCAGUCACCCCAGUUUUUCCAUUAAAUGUUUAUUUUCUUCAGCAACUCUUGUCGAAAUCAAACUUCUUUCAAGGACCGGCUGCUACUUCUCCUCAUGUCCACUGAGCUGCUCUACUCACGCAUGCAGUCAAAUCUCUCUUACCUCAACACAAACUGUUUCCUUCAGGUUUUACAUCCUGGUCCUCCACACAUUUGAGGAUUCAGUCUUCACAAACCUCUGGCUCAGUUUUCCAGAAUCAGGAUUUUAAAGAAUCUGUAAUGAAAUGUCUCAGGUCGGAUCUUAUUAUGGCGUUGGCUGCCUGGAGAGGAGCGAUCGGGGAGGGGAAACGGGACGAAAUGCUUCUAAAUGAACUCCCACGCUGACUGUCAUCGACCACGAGGCAGGCAGGAAGAUUAAUCAGGCCGCUUCAGCACGAGCCGAUAUAGGACGAUAGAGCUGUUGGCCAUUUCUCUGUGAGGCCACCAGGCCGGGAUCGUCCCUGUGAACAUUACUAUCGCCUUCAGGAUCAGAAGAACAGUGCUGUGCUCCUCUGCCGUUUUAAGCUUUAUGAAGAGUCUCAGCGCAGCUCUCCUGGCGGCGGCGGCCGCAGCAGCUGUCUCGGAGUGGGCGUGUGAUACUUCAAGACAAUUAAACGGCAGAGAAAGUGUCCGCAGACGCCCUCUGAGGCUGCUGAUGUGAGGUGCUCUCGGGAACAACAAUCAAACAAUCAAAUAUUUGAAGGCGCUUGAGCAGAAGCAGCUGCCGGGUUUAAAGAAGAGGGCCGACGUCUGUGUUGUUUAAAGACGCCCGGGCGCCGGCAGCGUGACAACUCACUACCACUGAAAUGUUAUGAAAUACAAAAAAACGGCUGAUGUAACGGCGUGAUCGCACUCAGCAGAUGAUGUAACUGAUUGUCAUUUCACGGAUGGUUUGAAAGUCUUUAAGAGUCUCUCCACUGAAGUCUCGAGUCAAAGCCGACUCUUUGGUCUGUUUCCUCGAGUUCUGCAGAGUGGACGCACCUGUACUUUUGUUCAGUCGCCACUUAAGCAGAAUGAAAUCAAAGUGUAGAACUCCAAAAUUCCUCUCUUAAGCACCUUUUUCUAUUUAACAACACAUUUUAACCCCCCCCCCCCCCUCCCCCCUCCAGCAUAUCAGUUUGAAUCCUGCACAGUUUCCCGCUGCGUCCCCUCCGACUCUUCAGAUAAAAUUCAUAUGAUUGUAAAUUGUAAAAUAUUGUUUGCUGUGGCAGGCGUUGUGUAAAUAAUCGUCUCCUUGUUUUGAAUUUUCUUACACCACUAAGACAGACCUACGGAGGCCCUGAAGGGACUUGUCUUAAAAUACAUUUCAGGCGGGCGAGCGAUACCUUCUCAUGAGCUCGGGAAACUUUCUCGUGCUCACAAAGAAAAUAUUGAGAGUGUACAUUUCAAACUGUGUCAUGAGAACGAGAAAGUCUCUGGUGCACCCCUGAAAUGUUUUAUUUGUUUUUUUAAAUUCUGCCCUCGUCCCUCCGAGGGCGUCCGUACAGACCUGCAGUUUUUAAAUGAGAGGAAACAGAGGGGGGAAAAUAAAGGAAAAUGAUUCCUGAGCAAUAAAACAAAACAAAAACUAACAAAAACUUAAAAAAACAUGUAUUUUUGUACUUUUUAGUGGAAACGUUGAGAAGCAAAUAUAUGAAACAGGAUUGAUGUCGAUCUUCAGCUGAGCGGAUUAAUCUGAGAAUCCAACGUGUUCAGUGAGAAUCAUCCAAAUGUCUUCUAAUGAAUAAAUGUGGUUUUAUAUGUCAGA